AUGGAUAAUCGCGGCUCCUUCAUUGUCUUUCUUCUCGUCUUCUACCUGCUCCUCAGCUCCCAGUCACGUCCCCCGCUCAUUGAUGAAGAUCGGGAGCGCCAGCGGGCGCUUGAGCGAGAGGAAAAUGUGCUGCAAUUACUGAACGGGUCCAAGUAUGGAGACUUUGAUCCGCCGGCGGAGCGAUGGCUUCCGUUUCUGGGCGCGCGAUCCAACGAUAGCUUCGCGUGGGACCUCCUUCCACAUGCCCAAAAUCGCGUCCGUGAUCAGUUGCAAUCCGCUCUCACGGCCGCUGGGGUAGAAACGCCCCGAGGCGUUGACGAUAUCCCCUUGUCCUCAUCUUCCAACCUUACCAAGCUUUUCCUGCCGGUCUAUCGCAAUGUUACGGGUAAGCUUCACGGAGACUGGGUUCGCAGAUCUGAUGUACAGCGCCGCCUGCCUCUCAACAUGACUGCGAUCGCUCUGGAGCAUCAAUACUACAAUGCUGAGUUCAGCUCCAAUAUCACGGGCAAUGACGGUUCAUUCUACUUUGACAUUGAAGAAGGCGGUGGGGAAGACCUUCGUAUCGGAGAGUCGCUUGUCCGAGAAAUUCGGGCUAGCCUCAAAGUUGAGAGCAAUGACUUCUGGGGUAGCAGCUGGGAUAUGCCGCUAUCUGGCGUACAUUUCCCAGAGAAUGGAGGCAUCGUUUUGACCACUACGAGUGAAAAGUUUGCCGGGAUCUUUACAUUGGCCCAUCUUACGCUCUCAGCCGAUACAUUCGAAAUGUCUCACAAGCUGUCCAUCAAGUCCCUCGUGAGCACAAUGUCGAGAAACCAGUCUCUUCAUCCAUCGUUCAUCCCGUGGUCUACAUUAGCAGGGACCGAACAGGUUGAAUUUCUAGCGCCAAAGUGCGAACAUGUUGUCUUUAUCCAGCAACAUCCGGUUGUGAUCGAGGGCAUGGUUGCUGACAGGCUGACGCUUGAUCGAAUGGAACAGGAACUCAGGUAUCCUGUGGGAGCGCCCAUCCCUGACCCUCCGCUUAUGACAAUGUCAUGUGUCGUAUUCUCCCCCGACUGCGGAUACAUUCUCGAAUCAAAGGGAGCUCCCGAAUUCCCUCCCACGGAUUCGCUGUUUCUGACAGGCCCUAAAGCGGAACAAUACAGCAAGUACUCUGCGCGUCUCCUCUUCAUGACCUGCGGUGUUUUCGUUGGACAGAUCGCUCUGUUGCUGCGUCAGAUCAAAGAGGCUUCGACUCCUUCCACGCGAAGUCGAAUCAGCUUCUACACUAUCGCGUUGAUGGCGCUCGGAGAUGGAUUGAUUCUGGCAUUCAUGGUUCUGGCGCUUUCCGCCACUGUUUCCUUCCUGGUUUUGUCUACCGCCUUGUUCCUGGCAUUCCUCUCCGUCAGUUAUAUUGGCAUGAAGUUCAUGCUGGAAAUCUGGGCGGUUCAAGAGCCGGAGAGACGGGAGGAACGGUCGGCGAACGCUCCAGCCCCCACAACACGCCCGGGCACACUUCCUUUGCCUGUCACGGCUCCCGCGCAGGAUACCGGGGCCACACCAGUGGUCAUCCUGACCCCGGAUCAAGACCCGCCUGCCGAUGACUUGGACCCACCAGCAAAUCCCAAUCGAACUGUGGCGCCAACUGCGACCCAACCCCGUACAGAUGUGGGCACCAUGUAUGCGCGCUUUUACCUGGUGUUUUUCGCACUGUUCAUGGUAACUUCCUCGGCCACGUUCCUGCCGCGCCGAGCAGGUUCGAUCUUUGCGCGGGUGGCUGCAGGGAUUUACCUUUCGUUCUGGGUUCCCCAAAUUUACCGCAACGUGAUGCGCAACUGUCGCAAAGCAUUGCGCUGGGAAUUUGUCAUCGGACAAAGUGUCCUACGACUAUUCCCAUUCGUGUACUUUUUGACGGCUCGCGAGAACGUUCUGUUCAUACGUCCUGACUGGACAACUGCCUUGGUCAUGGUUGGGUGGGUAUGGGUGCAAGCCUGGGUCCUAGCCAGCCAAGACGUUCUUGGGCCUAGGUUUUUCGUUCCUCGCGGCUGGGCUCCUCCUGCUUAUGACUACCAUCCAACUCUUCGAGAUGGUUCAAGUACUGACGAAGAUCUUGAAUCUGGGAAUGUGAUAUCCAUUACUUCCCUACGUGCUGACGAACGCGACUUGAUCGCUGACACGAAGGAUGACGGCAAGCACAUGUCCCCAAAUCGCAAAAAGGUCGUCUUUGACUGCGCUAUAUGCAUGCAAGACAUAGAGAUUCCUGUUUUUUCGGCAUCUACUUCUGCUGGCGGAAGCAGCGUCGCCGAGGGCGCUUCUAACAUAUUAAGUCGCCGCACAUACAUGGUAACUCCAUGUCGACACAUAUUCCACACACCUUGCUUGGAGAGCUGGAUGAGGCUCCGUUUGCAAUGUCCUAUCUGCCGUGAAUCGAUUCCUCCUGUAUAG